GUCACUGUUUUUGUUACAUUGAGGUGCACGUUCGAUCCCAACUCGCUACAUUGUAGCUGCACUUGAGGGAAUUCCCUGUUGGGGCUCUCUCUCUCUCUGUCAAUCCAUCUCUCUCAAUCACUUUCCACUCCAACUUCUUGGGGGCGGGGGUUCGCUACCCCUCAACGCCUGUAUCUCUCUCUCUCUCUCUGUCCAUGGGGAAGGAGGGUUGGGCGAAAUGUUUGCUGAAACGCAGCCCUCCCUCCCGCACUCCAAGAAAGGAGCCGUGCUCGCUCCUGCACGGGAGCGGUGCGCCUCUUAGGAAAAUCCCGCUGGAAUAUGCUCCGUCUCAUUGUUGUUGCCAAAAUGAUGCCACCCAGUCAGGCCCAAGAAUUCAAAUAAUUGAUGUCCCACUCCCAGCCAAAAAGUCACAAGCUCGGCUAUCGAUAUCAUCUAGUGUUUAGACUCCUACACUUUAGGUGGUGUGGUGAAAACCAGCAACAGAAUGACUACUGAUUCAUAAUACCAAGCAGUAUGUCAGGUUAUAUACCAAGCUAUCUGGACAAAGAUGAACUUUGUGUUGUGUGUAGUGACAAAGCCACAGGCUAUCACUAUCGUUGUAUCACUUGCGAAGGGUGUAAGGGCUUUUUCAGGAGAACCAUACAGAAAAACCUUCAUCCAGCCUACAGUUGUAAAUAUGAAGGAAAAUGCAUCAUCGACAAAGUAACAAGAAAUCAAUGUCAGGAAUGCCGGUUCAAAAAGUGCAUUGCAGUUGGCAUGGCAACUGACUUGGUGUUGGAUGAUGGCAAACGGUUAGCAAAACGCAAACUAAUAGAAGAAAACAGGGAAAAGAGACGUCGCGAGGAACUGACAAAGGCACUUAUAAACAAACCUGAGCCGACAGAUGAGGAAUGGGAACUUAUCAGAACCGUGACGGAAGCCCACAUGGGCACCAAUGCUCAAGGAAAUCACUGGAAACAGAAGAGAAAAUUCCUGCCUGAAGAUAUUGGGCAAGCACCAAUAGUGAAUGCACCUGAAGGGAGCAAGGUAGACCUGGAAGCGUUCAGUGAGUUUACAAAAAUUAUCACACCCGCAAUUACAAGGGUAGUGGAUUUUGCCAAAAAGCUACCAAUGUUCUGUGAGCUACCAUGUGAAGACCAGAUUGUCCUUUUGAAAGGCUGCUGUAUGGAAAUCAUGUCCCUGAGGGCAGCUGUCCGCUAUGAUCCUGAAAGUGAGACUUUAACUUUGAAUGGAGAGAUAGCUGUCAAGAGAGAACAGUUAAAAAAUGGAGGCCUUGGUGUUGUAUCAGAUGCAAUUUUUGAUCUGGGAAUAUCUUUGUCUGCAUUCAACUUGGAUGACAGUGAAGUGGCUCUGCUCCAGGCUGUGCUUUUGAUGUCUUCAGAUCGGCCUGGCCUUACCAGCAUAGAUAAGGUGGAAAGAAUCCAGGAGUCCUUCCUUCUUGCAUUUGAACACUACAUUAAUUAUCGCAAGCACAAUGUGGCUCACUUUUGGCCAAAACUACUGAUGAAGGUGACAGACCUGCGAAUGAUUGGAGCGUGUCACGCAAGCCGCUUUCUUCAUAUGAAGGUGGAAUGUCCAACAGAACUUUUUCCACCAUUAUUCCUGGAAGUUUUUGAAGAUUAGGAGUUGAACUUUGAACGGAUGCACUACCCUAAUAUCUGUGAACUGCAUUAGCACUACUGAGCAGUGAUUCAUGGGAUUUCACAGAGUACCUUUUCCAGAUAUGGUGAGAAACAUUCCAUUAAUGCGGGUACUAGUGAUUUUGUGAACGUAGCUUUUUGUACACAUUUCUUGUGUUAUCUUGUGGACUAAUGUUGUUCAUGUUUAUUUUCAAAUAAGAUAAUAUGGUAGAAUAUUGCUUUGUGGUAAGGAACUCCAAUCUCCAGGUGUCAUAUGAAUUUUCUUUUGCAUGGGUCUUUAAUGGAAAUAGUAUGACAAAAUCUGCUGCAGCUAUAGCUGCCAACUAGCUAGCAUUGUAUAAGAUUAAACUCUUAAUUCAGUAAGGAAACUGCAGAGCUACACCAUGUUCUGGAACCAAAAUGCCAGCAUGAACACAAUAACUGAGAGACUUCCUACCUCUCCACUCACCAAGAUCUGAGUUGCCUUUUGACCAUUAUUCAUUGAUCAUUUAAGUACUCAGUCUGGGUAACAUUGAUGCAGUUGGAAUGUACAGUGUCAAUACAAUGAAUAUAAAUAAAUGAAGGCUCAUCACCUUUUCACUACACUACACUGACAGGAAGAACAAAAUAGAGGACUAAAUAACACGAUAAUUUCCGCCUUCUCCUUCAAGCUGCCAAUUUCAAAAUGUAAAUGGAUGUAAAAUUAAACUUUGUGCAACAAAUCUCAAACCGAGUCAAUCUCCUCAAAGUAUCAGCCAGAGAUUUCGAAUAGAAAAGGCCAGUUUUGCUCUUAGAAGCACUCUCCUUAGAUUGGAAUUGAGGAUUGUGAGCAAAGACUUUUCACAGCUCUGUCCUGGCUUUGGCUGUGCUGCACUGACACUGACAUUGAAAACCAGCAUUCUUUGAUCAAAGCAAAUGGUAAAGCUCAGCCUUCAAUGUUCAACUGUCAUCACAUCUGGAGCUGAGAGGAGAAGGAGUAACUUUCUGACUGCUGAAAGUUUAUAAAAUCAUUGGUGGUACACACACACACACACACAAACACACACAUUUAAGCUGUUAAUUUGGAACUCUUUGUAUUAGAGUCAUCUUGAUCUUACUACACAUGAACUUUCCAACUCCAAGGAAAAAUAGACACUCAGAAAUAAUUAUUUUAUUUAGCUCUUUACAUUUGCUCAUUACCAUACGUUAUCUCCCAUAGCUUGAUAGAGCUCAUAUUUACUUGGUGCUAAUCCAUUUGCAGGUAGAGCUUUAAUGCCUGCUGCAAAAUGGUGCUAUAAUGUCUGAAGCUUUAUCUCUUCAAACUGUGGGAAUAAAUAUUAGCAUUAAAAAUGUUAAUAUACAUGCCUUGAUGCUGAAAUCCUUACUGUGCCAUUUGGUUGUAUUCCUGAUUAGCAGUAACACAUCCUUGCAACUAGUUAUUCCAGUCCUGGUUAGUAUUGCUGAUGAAAACUGCAGGACUGCAAGCCAUGAAAAUGUAGGCAUUUACCUGCUGCAGUUUUCCCUGUGGUGUACCAAUAAUAGUUUCCUGCUGAAUGCACACCCUAACCAGUCAUCUUUGCCAUUUUAGGUGCACCUUUGUUGAGCUAAUAGGAUUAUGUUGAUAGAAAAUUAAAGUUCCAUGCAUAAUUGUUUUAAAAGACCAAAGCCAGACCUUUGAAACAACUGGUAGGUCCUGGCAUGACUAAACCAAAGGUUUUUAUGUUCGAUUGAUUUUUUCUUUGGCCACCUAUAAUUGCACUUCUACCUGGAAUGCACUACAUAGCAAGAAACAGCAGCAAAUUUCCCAUGAAACCAUUUACCAAGAAGAGAGGAGAUAAAACUGGGGAUGCAGGGGUAUUCGAUGGCAGAGGGAAAGAUUGGACAAAAAGUUUUAGGGCAGAAAGAAUGCAUUCAACCAGGGGAGUAAGGUAGGUGAUUAAAUAUUGUUUUAGAGGAAGAAUUUCUCACAUAACUUUAAAUAAAUUGGCCUUCUAAACGGACUUUGGUUGAUAAGUUACAUAUACUUUGGCAUUCUUUGCAAAGUAACAGAUAGGUUAUCCAAAUGCCUACUAGUCACGACUUAGCUGAACACACAGGCUAAGAAUAUUGAAUGCACAGACAAUCAGGAUUAAAAAGAAACUGUGUAGAAAGCCAGAAUUCUAUUUUUGAUAAGUGAAGCACAUUAAUUAUUAAUUAAUAACAGAAUGAUAUGCCUAAGGAAAAAAAGCCACUUUUGUUAAAAUAAAUCAUACCAGGUGUAUCAUGUUUGCACAGUAUCGAUUAAAUUUAUGAUAUUCCCUGGUAUUUGAAUAAAAGAACGACCACUUUAAAGAAACAAAGAAAAAUACACGUUUUCAAUCUUGCUGCAACCCUGUUUUAACAAGUAUUUAAGUGCUGUGAAACUAUAAUAGUUUGUUUUUUUUUCUCUCAUUAGCUAUAAAGUCCUCUGUGUGAGGAAGACAACAUUGCCUAAGGUAGCAAGUAAGCCUAAAGUUGUACUGUAGGAAAUAUAAUUGGUCUGAAUUCUGGCAUCAGCAACCAUUAGAAUGUUUUGAAUAUUCCAUAAAUUUCAUUUCAUUUUGCUGUUUGUAUACAAACUGAUAUAUUUCUGAAUGUAAAUCUAUUAGGGCCUGUGUCACAUAAAGCUAAAAUAUUCAUUUGGGACAGAAAUGUUUUGGUGAAGACGUCUUUGCUUUAAUUGCCUCUGAACUUAGUAUAUGUUUGUUGAUCAGCUUGCGUUCCUGCCAUGUCAACACCACAAAGUUAUGUGGUCUUAAAGUAGUCUGUCUGGUCAUUCUGAACUUACACCUUUUAAAAUGUAUUACUUUCUGGUGCUUCGUGAGAAAAUUGUAUUGUGAGAUUCUUGAUGCCAAUGGCAACUAAUAUUGAAUGUCCUUUGUAACAGAGGGAAUGAAAAGCUGAUGCAAAAUGCUAAACACAAUAUUAAUGUUUCAUUACUCUAUAACAUUUGUAUCAGAAUUACAACCCAAAAUUUUCUGGAAUCUUCUCUGAUAGGUUUAGGCUAUCUAGAGUGCAUCAUCGCCCCACCACUAUUUUCAUCCAAAAACUCUCCAAGAUUGUUCUGGAACAGCAGAUGGAGAAUUGGGUAAAUUGUAGCAAACUGUAUUCUCUGUUCAGUUAUGUAUGAUUUAUUAAUUCACUCAGUGGAAGACUUUGGAAUAUGCAGACUAUUUCACUCAAGAAUGAGGGUAUUAUCCUUUGAUUUUUGUAAGGAUUAUAUCCAGUGCUUAAUCUAAAUAAACUCUAUAUCCCUUUGUCUUCAGCCAAUACCGUUAGAGAUUCAAAAGCAGUGAAUGAGCCAAAAGGCUUAGAAUUUUCACUUUCAAGUUUUUGGCAAUGUAUAACUAGGUUAACAGUACCUGAGCACAUUGCAUAACAGUCCAUGAGAUAAUGAAAAACAGUUUGUUUUUACGUAGAAUAUUUAAGGUAAAUGAUGCCAAUCUGAUAAGUUAAUACA